AUUCUGGCUGUGUUCUACUCAAGUCCUGAGACCUUGAGCAAAGUUGAAUUCAAGAAUACUGGACUAAGGUGUUUGGUGGAGGAAAUGUGAGCAGGUUCUCAUACCAGACACAGAGACUGCUGAAAUUGCAAUUGUUUAGGAGCAUGCCACCACUGAGAAUGGGCCAGCUGCCCUGCAUUGGGGCAAUAGGAGGAGUGCUGACUCUUUUGGAAAGGAGAGUUCUGAAGGAAGAAUGCUGAAGUUUCCCACUGCACAAAGCUCACUUUAUUACCCUUUGGUUUAACAAAUUUGGUAGCCCACCUGGUGCUGGUUUUGGAACUAUAACAAAUGCAGGAAAUAGGGCCAUGGGAUGCAACCACAGACAGUGAGAAAGCAGGACUGAGGUCUCUACAAAGGAGGACCUGUGAUACUAUUGUAUGGAGCUGUGAAGAUCAACUGUUGGUUGCAGUGGCAAUCAUAGGAUUUUGGAGAUGCCAGGACUAAAGAAUGUGACAGAAAAGGAAAGCUUCUGGUCGUUGGAUCUUCUCUGGGCUACAGGUGGCACUGUUGGAUGGAAGCUACUGAAGCCUUUUGGAGCACUUCAUCACUAGUUACAGAGCUCACUGAGGACUCGUCCAAGCACAUCAUCUCCCACCAGAGCACAGGGCCAGUGGGCCUGAGGCCACCCUCUCCAGGCUGCAGUGGCCCACUUGGGGAGAUGUGCAGUUCACACACACACAUGUGGCUGCCACAGACAGGAAAAGGAUGUGACUGAUGACCCACAGAUCCCAGCUAGCACUCCCAAAGAAAGACUUCUCUCAACCUUUCCAAGGCCCAAGAAAGCCUCAGACAUUGAGGGAAAAGAUGCAGCCCUCUGGCAGAAAAUGAAAGCCGCGCCAGCACUGAAGGGUGCCCUUGCAGCCACUUCUGUCCCGGCUCCAAGUUGCUCUUCGCGAUGGCCUGCAACAGCACCUCCAUGGAGACUUACUCAUACUUGCUGUUGAACGUAAGCAAUGCCUCCGACUCCAGGGUCGCCCCCCUUCCCGCCCCCCUCAGGUUGUCCUUGGCAAUCAUGAUGAUGCUGAUGAUUGUGGUGGGAUUCCUGGGCAACACGGUUGUGUGCAUCAUCGUGUAUCAGAGGCCGGCGAUGCGCUCUGCCAUCAACCUGCUGCUGGCCACCCUGGCCUUCUCUGACAUCAUGCUGUCCCUGUGCUGCAUGCCUUUCACUGCCAUCACCCUCAUCACCGUCCGCUGGCACUUUGGGGAUCACUUUUGCCGGCUCUCGGCCACGCUCUACUGGUUUUUUGUCCUGGAGGGCGUGGCCAUCCUGCUCAUCAUCAGCGUGGACCGCUUUCUCAUCAUCGUCCAGCGCCAAGACAAGCUGAACCCACGCAGGGCCAAGGUGAUCAUCGCGGUUUCCUGGGUGCUGUCUUUCUGCAUCUCCGCGCCCUCGCUCACGGGCUGGACGUUCGUGGAGGUGCCCGCGCGGGCCCCGCAGUGCGUGCUGGGCUACACCGAGUUCCCCGCCGAGCGCGCCUACGUGGUGACGCUGGUGGUGGCCGUGUUCUUCGUGCCCUUCGGCGUCAUGCUGUGCUCCUACCUGUGCAUCCUCAACACCGUGCGCAAGAACGCCGUCCGCGUGCACAACCAGUCCGACAGCCUGGACCUGAGGCAGCUGUCCAGAGCCGGCCUGAGGCGGCUCCAGCGGCAGCAGCAGGUCAGCUUGGACCUGAGCUUCAAAACCAAGGCCUUCACCACCAUCCUCAUCCUCUUCGUGGGCUUCUCCCUCUGCUGGCUGCCGCACUCCGUCUACAGCCUGCUGUCGGUGUUCAGCCGGCGCUUUUACUACAGCUCCUCCUUCUACGCCACCAGCACGUGCGUCCUGUGGCUCAGUUACCUCAAGUCCGUCUUCAACCCCAUCGUCUACUGCUGGAGGAUCAAGAAAUUCCGGGAGGCCUGCAUAGAGCUGCUGCCCCAAACCUUCCAAAUCCUUCCCAAAGUGCCUGAGCGGAUCCAGCGGAGAAUCCAGCCCAGCACGGUGUACGUGUGCAACGAAAACCAAUCCGCGGUCUAGGGAGCACGGGAGCCGAGCCCGCCCCGCCCCGCCCCGCGGCCCGCGCGCUGGACUCCGCUUCCGGGCUUCAAAGCCCUCGGCGUUCUGUGGCGACUGUCUAAGCACAAAGGUACUCAUUUGUUUCCAGGGGAGCUGCUGCUCUCACUCUUCAAGUCUCCACAAGAUGUGUCUUUGUUUCUCAUCUCAGAAGAACCACGUGUGGGUCUGGUGGGAACAGGGUACUGUGGGAGUUGGUCUGAAAGAGAGAGAGGAGGCGGGAAAGCUGAAAGUGGAGCUGGUUGAGGGUGGGGCAGGAGGAGGUUCUAUAAAAAGAGCUCAGCUCUCUCAUCUGAGCCCCCGCUCUCAGGAGCACCCCUUGGUGCUAGAUUCUGGUGCAAGAAACUCAAAACAGGUAUUGUCAUCUCACAGGUCAUCGUUCCCUCCACUUGAUGCCAGCGUUCCUUAGAGUUCUACCGGUAGGGGAUGGGAAUGAAUGACAAGAGUCUUCACUUUGGUCAGAUGUGCAUUUCUGACCAUGCCAAAUUGAAUUUUCUAGAAAGAAAUGUAAAUCAUACUGGGAAGCUCUUGAGGCCACCAGUGUGACAGGUGGAAAGCCUCAAAGCUGGGGGAGGGGAGUGUUCGGGAGAAGCUGAACUAUAAGAAGUCCACUUGGGUCCUCACGUGUGCUCCUGUCCCCUCACAUGCCUGGCCAGCUUGAUGACCCUUGUCCCUCUGUCCCUGUCCUCUCUGAGCCUCCCUUUGUUUUCAUCCUGUCCAGUGUGCCAACAGAAAAAAAGAAAACCACCUGCUGUGACUCCAUCCAUUGAGCAGGUAUUUGUAGUGACUUGCUCUCAAAACCACUGGGCUUUGUUUACACAUUUCUUCUGGAUGCCCCAGAGCCUUUGUGAGGCACUAGAUCCAGGUCAGCACUAGAGUUGUUUCAGGCAUAGAACAACCCUCCCCAAAGCCGGGUGCCCCAUUCAUCUCUGUUCCUCCUACCUCACUCACGUCCACGCUGUUGUCAGAGCCUCUAACCAAGGACCACGGCUUGGGAAGGAAUCCUAGAGGGGACCUUUUGCUUGCAUCACACACUUGGCCACUAUGGCCAUAGCCACCAUCAUGACCAGGAGUUUCAAUGUAGAAGGUGACUUCUGUGAGCUUAGGGCACACGACACUAGGUCCAUUAGACUCUUUACAAAGUCAGAUCUGAAGAGAGAGAGAAAUCUGAUUCCACGUCUGACUCCAUUGGGAACUAGUCUGUGACCUUGCUCAUUUCAUCUCUUUUUAAGAGCCCAUUUGCCAAGGGAAGAAGUUGUUCUACAUGACCUCCAUCUCCUUGAUUCUAAACUGUAACUUCUGCCUGGAAUCAUGAGGUCCUCUGCAUUCAUUUAUUCACCCAUGCAAUGGCAUUUGUUAAGUGCCUGAUAGUACAGGGCACUGUAUGUGAGGUUAUAAGUGAAUCAUGGGCUACCCAGGACAAUAGCCCACCAUAUCUCAGGAGAGUGGAAACCACCCAAGAGCACAGAAGCUCCACUCUGCUUCAUUUCUUAUUUCUUUCCAGGUUGUAUUCAGAGGCUAGCUCCCCAUUCUAGCACUCUCUUCCUGUGGUAGCAGUGAUGGGGGCAGGAAAGGAGGGAUGAAAGGAGAAUGAAACAUAUAAAUCUCAGCCCCGGGGAGGGUCUUUCAAGAAAAUAAUUGACAGCUGUUCUCGCUAACCAAGGGAAGAGGGAGAGAAGACAUGCAGUGGGUAAAUAGUUGACUAAGGUUGACCUGUGCUCUCAGUGCCCACACCAAAGCUGAGGAUAGCCCUUAGCUCCCCUGGGCCAGGGCUUCAGGGUCCAUUGGUGCUCAAGAGCACCACAAGACUACUGUGGGGAGCAACCCUAGGGACACCUCCCUUCCAGGGGGCAAUUCAGAGCCUUGAAUAAAGAGGAUCCACUGAAUGAAGGUACCAAAAUUUACAUCGAUCCAUGUUAUAUGAUAUUUGUGGAAUAGUAUAUGUUUUAAAGUAAUAAUUUUGUAUAUAUUUUAAAUAAACUAUUAUGGCUCUUUCAAUGUA